AUGCAGAAUGUGGAACAAUCCGGAGUGAAAAACCGGGAUAAAUUGGUUAAAUCAGUGAUUCAGCAGACACCAUCGAAAUCGCAGCUGUCUUCGUCGUCUUCGUCGCCGUCGCCCUCUUUAUCCUCGUCAACAUCGUCAGGAACAGGAGCACCACCGAAGGCUUCGUCAUCGCCACCAUCGAAGAAUAGCAGCAAAGGCAGCAAAGGCAGCACUAUCGGUGGUGGUAGUAGCAGCACUGGUGGUGGUAUUAGUAGUGGCAAUAGUGGAGAAAUAGGCGGUGAACAGGGGGCCACUGCUUCUGCCGUUACUGGUGCAUCCGCCGCCACCGUUCCUGAUGCUGCUGCAACGGCACCAUCGGUAAAGAAGUCGUAUGCAGCGCAGGACGAUGGUUUCGGGUCGGUCGUCGCAAAUAACCACCUAACGACCGCUUCACCCGAAUCUGUCGCUAUUGGCCGCCUGCGCCAGCCACCACCACCAUCGCCAGAACCUGAGGCGUUGGCCGACGAUCCGGACGUAGAAGUGGUUGACGCGCUCGCCGCCUCAUCAGCUGCUGGCGUGGUCGGUGCAACUGCAUCCGGCACCACUGAGCGGAGCUCGUGCGAAGCUUUCGUUCCACCUCCCGCCAGCAAAGUACGGCUCCAAGUAGUGAGCAAGAAAGCUGGCAACAUAAGUAGUAAAAACAAUUCUAAAAAUAAUGAUAAGACAAUGUCGGCGACGAAGAGUUCAUCAACAGCAGCAGCCAUUGCUGCGCCAGCUACAACACCGCCCUCACCAACCGUGCCACCUACUGCCACAUCCGCCCCGGGUCCGGGAGGCGAGGAUGCUACCGUUGUGAAUGGCAGAAACGGUAAGCCAGGUGCCGAGGGCGGUGUCGCCGUCCCAACCGCCAAGGUGCCACCGGGCGGUGGGUCCGGCUCUGGCGGCGCCAACAAGUCGUCGAGUACUAACAAACUUUCCAGCAAUAAUUCGUCCCCUGCCAAAUCGGAUACGGAGACAUUUUCCGAGUUUCAGCCUCGCGUAUCGGACUCAUCGGAAUCGGACGAGGAAUCGGUAUCGGAGAUUUUGCUGGCUUGCCUGUGUCUAAGGCCAGAUCUGCUGGUUGACUCCUUUCCAUUAGAUCAGCAAUCGAUCGAAAUUCCAGAAACGGAGUGUUCGGAUAGUUGCGAAAAUGAUGUCGAUAUGGAUGAGUCGGACAGUUGCGACAACGAUGCCGACGAUAAUGAUGAUUCCGAAGAAGACGAUGAAGAUGAUGAUGAAAUGGUUCAUAGUACAGUGCCGGGUAAAUUUCUCCUAGAGAACGAUGACGACACUGACCAUGAAAGAGACGAAGCAGCGCAUGCACUGACGCGAAUGAAGUCCAGUGACGGUAGUCCCAGGGAUAAAACUCUAAUAUCACGUACGCUGAUUGCUGCCUGCACCGAUAACGACGUGACAACCGUCCGGAAGCUGCUCUGCGAGGGAGGCAAUUCGCUGAGCGAAGCUACCGAGGAGGGUGAUUCGCUGCUGUCGCUGGCAUGUUCCGCGGGCUAUUACGAAUUAGCUCAGGUCCUGCUAGCGAUGUCCGCACAGGUGGACGACCGUGGCCAAAAGAACGACUGUACCCCGCUGAUGGAAGCGGCAUCGGCUGGUCAUGUCGACAUCAUCGAGCUGCUGUUCAAACAUGGUGCGGACGUAAACGCACAGUCCUCGACCGGUAACACGCCGCUCAUGUAUGCGUGCGCAGGAGGGCACGAGCGGGCGGUCAAGGUGCUACUGGAGCACGGUGCCAAUGUGGAAGAUCAUAACGAAAACGGGCAUACGCCGCUGAUGGAAGCCGCAUCUGCCGGUCAUGUUGGUGUGGCGAAGAUACUGCUGGAACACGGAGCGGGCAUCAACACACAUUCGAACGAGUUUAAGGAGAGUGCGCUAACGCUGGCCUGCUACAAGGGUCAUCUCGAUAUGGUGCGCUAUCUGCUCGAGGCUGGUGCGGAUCAGGAGCAUAAGACGGACGAAAUGCACACAGCGUUGAUGGAGGCGUCCAUGGAUGGGCACGUGGAGGUGGCGCGGUUGCUCCUAGAUUCCGGUGCGCAGGUUAACAUGCCGACGGAUUCGUUCGAGUCUCCGCUCACGCUGGCCGCUUGCGGUGGCCACGUCGAUUUGGCCAUGCUGCUGAUCGAUCGUGGUGCCAACAUCGAGGAGGUGAACGAUGAAGGCUACACUCCGCUCAUGGAAGCGGCGAGGGAAGGUCAUGAGGAAAUGGUAGCAUUAUUGCUACAACAGAAUGCGCAGAUUAAUGCUCAAACUGAAGAAACUCAGGAAACCGCCCUGACGCUGGCCUGCUGCGGAGGGUUCAUCGAAGUGGCAGAUUAUCUCAUCAAAAACGGUGCCGACAUAGAGCUGGGUGCAUCGACCCCGCUGAUGGAGGCCGCCCAAGAAGGGCACAUCGACUUGGUGCGGUUCCUGCUGCAGAACGGUGCCAACGUACACGCGCAGACGCAAACUGGCGACACGGCGUUGACUUACGCGUGCGAAAACGGUCACACGGAGGUUGCAGACAUCCUACUGUACUACGGUGCCGAGUUGGAGCACGAGUCCGAGGGUGGCCGCACACCCCUGAUGAAGGCGUGCCGCGCCGGUCACUGGUGCAUCGUAAAGUUCCUUAUCGAGAAGGGCGCAGAGGUGAAUCGAAAUACGACAAACAACGACCAUACGCCGCUUUCGCUGGCGUGCACCGGUGGCCAUCAGAACAUCGUGGAGUUGCUGCUGAAGAACGGUGCCGAUCCGUUCCACAAGCUGAAGGACAACAGUACGAUGCUGAUCGAGGCGGCCAAAGGAGGUCACAUCGGCGUGGUGCAGUUGUUACUCGACUUUCCGCACUCACUGAUGAGCACGAACGCUGCAGCGGCAGCCGCCGUUGCCCAGCAGCAAAACAUGCUUAACAAUGGGCAAAUCCAGUUGCAAGCGCAGCAACAUCAGCAGCUGCAACAUCAACAGCAACAGCUGCAACAGCAAGCCCAGCAGCUGCUCAUUGCUGAGAAUCAACAUCAGCAACAACAGCAGCAGCAACAGCAGCAGCAACAGCAACAACAGCAGCAGCAGCAACAAAAACAGCAGCAACAACAGCAGCAGCAGCAGCAGCAACAGCUGCAUCAGCAACAGCAACAGCAGCUGCAUCAGCAACAGCAACAGCAGUUGCAACAACAGCAACUGUUGGCUGCUCCACCCGGUCUGCAUGAGGUCCCAGAAGCUAUUCGUGUUAGCAAUAAGCAAAUCUUCCAACUGCCAGCGAAGGAAGUGCUCGAACAGCAGCAGCAAACACCUUCUUCGCAGCAAACCCAUAUUCUGACGCAGCAGCAGCACCAACAACAGCAGCAGCAAAUGCAUCAGCACCAGCAGCUAAUUGCCAACAGCCACCAGCUGCUAAAUCAGGCGAGCAUGCUCCUCGACGGAAGCGGCAACGACACCACGUCCCUGGCGAAGCAUCUGCUCGAGAUUCAGGAACCCUCGCUGAAGGAAACUUUCCUCGAGGGCUUGGCCAUGGGUUUGCGCUCCCGAGCGCGACGCAUGACGAAUGCUACAACAGCGGCAUCGACAACACCUCCUAUUGGUGGGCAGCCACAGACCCUGCACGAUCAGCCGACAGCCGCUCAGGAACAGCUAAUCCACUACAUCAGUCAGCACCAGCAAGGACUGCUGCAGGGGGGAAGUGGCAACGCGAGUGUGGCCUAUCCGCAGCACCCGCCUCUCCAGCAGCUGCAGCAGCAGCAGCAAGUGGCGUCCGCAGUUGGUGGAACUAUCAACAGCGGCGGUGUUGCGGUAUCCGCUGGUACCAAGCAGCAGCAGCGCAGUUUGUUGCGCAAGAAGCUCCAACAACAGACGACCGCAACAACACCACUGCCUUCAUCGUUCGAACCAAAUCUUACGAGUUCUGAGGCGCAGCAGGUGCGCAGCGAACCCAUUGGCGAGGACAACAAUGUCUGCUCAGGAGGGAGUGGCCAGCAACAGCAACAACAGCAGCAGCUGGUAAGGGGUGCCAGUGCCAGCAGCACUGGCGUCCCGAUGCGUUCGGACUAUGAACAGUAUCAAAAGCAAAUGCGCGAGAUGUAUCAGAAGAAGGCCAACAUCCAGUUCAUUUGCGAUGCCAACGGUCCACCGUCGACUCUGCUACCGCCAACCGGAACGUACAUCGAUAUAACUACACCGGUGCAAGCGGGAAAACCUUCCGCCGAAGGUGAUGCGGAUGGCGCAGGAAACAAUGCUGGAUUAGUUUUCGCUUCUUCAUUGGCAACUAGCAGCACCUUGCCUAAGUUGCCACAGCAUUUGCAGCUCGCAGCCAACGUUGCAGUCAGUAGCAACGCAGCGCCUGCUAUUCCACCUUCUGCAGGUUUGGCAUCGGUUAGCAACACAACGCCAAUGGUCUACAGCAUUGGUGGUGGUAGUGGUGGUAGCGGAACACCGCUGACUGCACCAUCCGAAGUGUCCCAGAGUACCGCUAUCAGCGAUCGUCCAAAGGUGAAGCCCGUUUCGAAAAAGGACGCAAAGAACAAUCGCAAAACCGCGGCAGCGGCGGCGGCCGCAGCAGCCGCAGCCGCAGCCGUCGCCACUGCGACGGCGACUGUUCAGCAACAGCAGCAGCAGCAAUCGCUGUGGACCACGGGUGGCACCAAUAACAACAACACGGUCACCGGAGGAACAAAUGCUUCUGUUCUGCAACAGAAUCAAAUGGUGUCAAUUUACAACAACUUGUCUGUGAUUUCAAGUUCCGAGCCGAACGUGCAGCUACUGCAGCAGUCGAUGUCGAACUUGAAUCUGCAGUCACAGUCCGAAACGCUUUCUCAGUCCGCUGCCAGUAACAAUAACGGCGACGCGUCCGGUGUUAAGGUGGACGAUGAUGGUCAACCUUCUUCUGCCGGCGACGGUGCGGUUUCGGCGUUGCCCAACAAUCUGUCGGUUAUCAAAAAUAUUUCGACGGCAGGAAAACGGGCUGCAGUGGACAGCGUUGAUGACAUAGCGCCGGCGAUUGCUGCCGAACCAGAGGAAAGCGAUUGCCAGCAACCGGAGCAACCAGAUCGUUGUGGUGAUGUUGCAGAAACCGAGGAAAAGUCUCCAUCACCGUCGUUGGUGUCCACAGCCGAAACAUCGGCCGUUGCUGACACUGCUGCGCCAUCCGCUACUGGGCCAGCGGUGACAGGAGAGUUGAAUGCUGCCACGACUAACGUAGCCGAUGGUAUAGGCGACGGGGCCGCUAGUGACACUGCCAGCAGCACCAGCAACAGCAGCAACAGCAGCACCGCUAGCAGUAGCAACAGCGGCAGCAGCAGUGCGUGCAGUGCCGCGAGUAGCAGCAGCAACAACUCCACCACCAGCACUACAACCACCGGAAGCGGUGGCGAUGGAGCAGCUAGCAGUGACAGCAGCAGCGGAGGAAGCGCGGUUAGUGGAACCAGCAGCACCACCGGAAACGGCAAUGCGAUCGCUGCUGGCGGCGGCGGCGAUGGUGUCAGUGUCGAUGGCAGCAACAACAGCGGCACUGCUAGCAGCAGCAACGUUGUUUGCAGUGCUGGACUUGCUUCCUCCGACCAGGACAACCAGUUCAAUCUGUUUGCACUGGUCGAUCGGAAGGUGAUGCGCAAAAUUGCUCAGCGGCUGCUGGGCGAUCUGCCAAAGUUACCGUCGGACGCUACGCCGGGUUGUUCAACGAUGGAUGUCCCGCCGGCGUCACCACCACCACUGAUAAAUGCUGAACUGGACUACCCUGAGUUGUCGCGCAUUUUGUGCAGCUUCAGUCGAUCGGAGCUGCUGCCCAGUUCGGAAUUCGUGCAGGUUCACCAGCAUAUGUCCAACAUUAUUCAACACAAGGGAGGAAGCAAUCCGAUCAAGAUUAGCGACGCGUCCGACGGCCACCAGUACGUCGAGGAGGGUGAAGAACACUUGCCAAUGUUCAACAUCGAGGAGUCGGACGCCGACGGUAUGGUGGCGGAAUGUGUCGCCGGAAUGUAUCCCAUGUUGGACGAAUCCCUCGAACCGUACCACACCGAAGACGGUGCCGGUGGUGCCGGGCAGGCACAAGGUUCACGGGAAUCGUACAACUAUGAGUGGGUUGAGUGCAUCGACGAGGUGAUCCACGCCCUGAACGGCUGUACCGACAUUCCGGUAGCACUACAGGAAAUGGCUGCCAACCUGACGUGCCAGGAUAUCGAUGCGUACGCCAAUCUGAUCGGCAUGAACUCGUUCUGCAAGACACGCUGGGCCGGAAACCAGAACCAACUGACGUCCGGCACGUCAUCGCCGGCGGAGGAGGAUGGCAACAACCUUAACCUCCAGGACGAGCAGUGCGCGUUCCGGCAGGGACAGGCCGCCGCCAACCAGCUUCUCGGAUUUGAUCCGCAGCAGCAAUUUUCCUUGGAUCAACUACAUCUGCUCAGUCAACUGCAGGCGUCCGCUUCCGGUACGGUAUUGCACCAUCCGUCGACGGGUAGUGGGGCCGAUGGGCAACAGCCAAAGCUCGUUUUCAACGUAGACGCAGAUAAAGCCUCGCAGGUGCACUUGCUAUUUCAACUGCCCAACGUACAGCAGCAGCAGCAGCAGUCGUCUGUGCAGCAGCAGCAGGAUCAGCAACAGCAUGAUUCCAACAUGAUUCUUAACACUAGCCAGCAACAAACGUCGCAGCAGCAACAAGCGACCGCCCAACAGUGCAACGUGACGCUACAGUCGCAUGCCGCGGCAGCGGCCGCCGCUGCUCUGCAGCACGCUCAGAUGCAGCAACAAUUUCAUGCGCAAAACAUUGCCGCCGGUUCUGUUAUCCUUCAACAGCAGCAACAACAGCAACAACAACAGCAGCAGCAGCAGCAACAUCUGCAGUCUCAGGCCCAGGGACAGCAGCAUUGCAUGCAGCAUGCCGCAACUCAGAUGCAGGUCGCAACCCAAACAACCUCCCAACCGGUCGUGGUGGCCGGAAGUGGUGAAUUGGUGCCCCAAGCUGUAGGCGGUGGCGGCAAUAUGCUCGCUUCGAACCCGCCGCAGUUGAUGCAAAUCUUCGAAGCAGCGCCUCCGAGCGGAAAAAUGGGCGGCGGUGGUGGCAGUGGUGGAAAGAAAGGAGAAAAGAAUCGUAAGGAGAAAAAUCGUCUCGCGAUGCCGGGCUCGGUACGGCAAGCGCCAGCUGGCCAGCAAGCAUCGCCAGCGAUCAUGAAUGAAGUGUUGGCCGGCAGCAUCUAUCCGACGAACGGCACCGUCGGUGCUGGUGGACCGGCGGCGAUGGUGACGGGCCAGACCACGAUCGGUACGGUGGCGGCGACCGCAUACCCGCGGGGCAUCAUUCCCCCGCAGGGUGGUAUGGUGUUGCCGGAGCGUAUGAUCGACGUCGACUCGGAGACCGAUUCGAACCAUGACACGGCACUCACGCUGGCUUGUGCGGGGGGACACGAGGAGCUGGUCGAGCUGCUGAUCAACCGGGGCGCCAACAUUGAGCAUAAGGACAAGAAGGGCUUUACGCCGCUCAUACUGGCCGCCACGGCCGGCCACGAGAAGGCGGUCGACACGUUGCUGCGCAACGGUGCCGAGCUGGAGGCGCAAUCGGAGCGCACGAAGGAUACGCCCCUGUCGCUCGCUUGCUCCGGAGGCCGCUACGAGGUGGUCGAACUGCUGUUGAGCAUGAACGCGAACCGAGAGCACCGUAACGUGUCCGACUACACGCCGCUCAGCUUGGCCGCGAGCGGAGGGUACGUGAACAUCAUCAAGCUGCUGCUGCAGCACGGAGCCGAGAUCAAUUCGCGCACCGGCAGCAAGCUGGGCAUUUCGCCGCUCAUGCUGGCGGCCAUGAACGGGCACACGGCGGCCGUGAAGCUGCUGCUCGACAUGGGAUCCGACAUUAAUGCGCAGAUCGAGACGAACCGCAACACGGCGCUAACGCUCGCCUGCUUCCAGGGUCGGCACGAGGUGGUCAGUCUGCUGCUCGAUCGCAAGGCCAACGUGGAGCAUCGGGCCAAAACCGGACUGACGCCCCUGAUGGAGGCUGCCUCCGGUGGGUACAUCGACGUGGGCCGAGUGUUGCUCGAUAAGGGAGCGGACGUGAACGCGGCACCGGUUCCGUCGUCCCGCGACACUGCGCUGACGAUCGCCGCCGACAAAGGGCACCUCAAGUUCGUGGAACUGCUUCUGUCGCGCGGCGCGGCGGUUGAGGUGAAAAACAAGAAAGGAAACUCCCCGCUGUGGUUGGCCGCAAACGGUGGCCACCUGGGUGUGGUGGAGCUUUUGUGCAGCGCGGGAGCAGACAUCGACUCGCAAGACAACCGCAAGGUGUCCUGCCUGAUGGCCGCCUUCCGGAAGGGCCACACGAAGGUGGUCAAGUGGAUGGUGUGUCACGUCACGCAGUUCCCGUCGGAUCAGGAGAUGACGCGCUUCAUUAGCACGUUCAGCGAGCAGGAACUGCUCGAAAAGUGUCACGACUGUGUGAAGGUGAUCCGCGCCGCAAAGGACCAGCAGGCCACGAAGGCAAAUAUGAACGCCUCGAUACUGCUGAAGGAGCUCGAUCUGGAGCGGACGCGCGAAGAAAAUCGAAAGGCGGCGGCGGCCAAACGGCGAGAGCGUAAGAAGCGUCGCAAGGCGGAAAAACGCGAACAGCGCAAGCACACCACCGACGACAACGUUGACCCCGAGCCCGAGGACGAGGACGAAGGCGAGGAGGAUAAGGACGAAGAUAACGACAGCGACCACGACGAGGACGAGCUGCUCCUGUCGGCCGCUAUCGCUCAGGUUCACAGCAACAGCCGAGCGCAGAAUGAUCAUAAACACCAGCAACAACAGCAGCAGCAGCAGCAGCAACAGCAGCGCGAGAAGGACAAAGAUAAGGCGGUCAAAGAGAAAGAUAAGCAGCAGCACAAGGAGGCGAAUGCGGCUUCGGCAUCCUCUUCACAAAAUACACGCCAACCGCAGCAGCAGCAGCAACAGCAGCAAAUGUUCCAGUAUCGCCAAGUGCCGAUAUUGUAUCAAGGGCAGGAGGAGGGCGAUUCCGGCAUCGAUGCCAACAGUCAGGGAUCGUGCUCGAGUUCGGACGUCAAAUCGUCGAACGCGCUGGAGCAGAAAAAGAACAACAAAAAGCGCAAGCAGCAGCAGCAGCAACAGCAAAUGGCACGUGGCACGAUCGCUUCGACCAACGCGGCCGGUGCCGCCAGGACGGCCAGUUCCAAGGCGGCCCUGACGUCGGCAUCAUCCUCAUCGUCUGCGUCGACCAGCAAAGCAUCCCAGGGCCAAACCACCGCUGCCGCCGGCAACCAGAACGGCGGUAACGCCAAUGCGACACCAGCCGCCGUUACUAAUCGGCAAUCGAAAAGCCCGGAGAGUGCCUCGGCAGGAGCGUCGUCGAACAAUGUCAACAACCCUGUGGUGCAGGAUAAAAACUCAAAAGACAAAAUUCGACGUCAGCAGCAGCAGCAGCAAGAUAAGGAGCAGCAGCAACCGUACAGCAAAGAUCGCGAGAAGCGUGAAAAGAGCGAAAAGGAAAAUGUGGCUCCGAAAGAUGAGCAUCAUCAUCCGCAGCAACACGGCGGUGGAAAAGCGAUCAAAAACGAGAAGAAAACCGGAGCCGGUGGCGAUCAGCAGCAGCAGCACCACAACAAUCACGCAAUGUCGGCGGGAUCGACGGCAACGGGAUCGGGCAACAGUGGUGGGGGGGCAACGCAGCACCACCAACAGAGCGCCGGUGGCCAAACGCAAGCUGCCAACCGUAAAUCGAUCAUUGUAUUCGGUUCCAGCGCCAACAGCACCAAUCGGCACGGAGCAGAGCACCACCACGGCGAUGAACCGUUUCCGGCAGCAGCUACGACCGGCAGUUCCUUCUACAACGCCAGCUCCUCGACUGCCUCGGGCAAGAAAACGCACGGCAACAAGACGUUCUACAGCAACACUAACGACGAUCACGGUAAGGGGGGAUCCUCCGCUAGUCCGAUGAAGCAACAGCAGCAACACAGCCAGCAUCACCACCAUCAGCAUCAGCAGCAACCGUCCGGCGGAAGCGGAGCCGGAAACCCUCAGCAACACGGUGGCGGCGGCGGCAUGGUGACGAAACGCGAAGAAGGCUGGAAGGAGGUGGUGCGCAAGAGCUCCGUCCAACAGAGCCAAUCGUCGGCCUCUUCGCCGAUGGAAUGCCGCAAGGUGCAAGUGCCGGUGCACGCGAUUUCGCGUGUGAUUGGUCGUGCGGGAAGCAACAUUAAUGCGAUCCGUGCCGCGACCGGGGCUCACAUUGAGGUGGAGAAGCAGGGCAAGAGUCAGGGCGAUCGGUCGAUCACCAUCAAGGGAUCACAGGAAGCGACCAAACAGGCGCACUCGCUAAUCGUGACGCUGAUCAAGGAUCCCGACGUAGACAUUCUGCUUAUGCUGCCGAAGCACAACAGCAGCAGUAGCACCACCACUGCCAGCGGCAGCAGCAGCUCGGGAGCACAAAGAAGUUCCGCCGCCACCAGCGCCUCGGCUUUCUCCAGCACGACAGCAUCGUCUGGCUCGGGAAGCGCGUCGUCCUCUUCGGGUGCCGCCCCUACGACCGGCGGUGGUACCUCGUCGAUGUUUGGUUCGGCGGCAUCCAGCAACACGGGCAGCUACUCGCACCAACAGGCCCCGAUACCGAUUGUUCCGGCCGCGAUCAUCCCCUCGAAUGGGGUAGCGCCGACCAUGUCCGCCAUCGUGGCCUCGGGUGGAGUUGCGGCGGCCGCUGCCGCUGCAGCUGCUGCCGCCGCUGCGGCCGCAGCUACGGCAGCCUCAGCCUCUGGUGGCAGCGCGGGGCAGCAUUCGCUUGGCAAAACCGUCGGCAACAACAAACAGUCCGGCUUUUUGGCGUCCAACAAACCCACGGUCAGCGGGAGCGCGGUACAGGGAGGAAUUAGUAACGCGAAACCACCGAUUGGGUCAAUUCCAUCGGCAGGCGGCGCCAAUAACAUCUCCGGUGCUCGUCCAACCGCAGCAAAAAAUCUGUUCAUGUCAUCUUCCGUCUCAUCCACUCAGCAGCAGCAGCAGCAGCAGUCACGGGCUAUGGCAUCUGGCAACAGUGGAGGUGUCACGACUGUGCCAUACAGUAACGCAGUGGCUGGCAGUGGGUCACCAGCCGGCACUGGCCCGGGCAAAGAAGCCAAGCGUUCGGGACCGCCAGUCGGUGCUGGUACCGGCGGUAGUAUGAUGGGCAGUUCCGUAGGAGGUAACCCGAAAGCAAACCAUUCUCAUUCAGGCCCAAUGGCCAGCGGCACCGGUUCGGCGUCAUUCACUGGCGCUAACGGAAUGAUGCCGCCGAUCAAGAAGGGUAUGAACAAGAGCGAACCCCUGCCACAACGAACCGGAGCGGCCAACAACACCUCCUUAGUGGCGGGCACGUUUGCCAAACUGGUUGCGGCGGACGGCGGAAAUUCUGGUAGUGUCAUCGCGAACAGUAACCAAGGCAAGCAAAUGGCAGCGACUGCGCCCAUUGCAAACACCACAGGCCAACAACAACAGGCCCAGCAGCAGCAGCAGCAGCAACAGUACUCACAAACAUCCUCGAGUGCUGGCACUCGCUCCGGCAAUCUGCCAAUGCAGCAGCAGCAACAACAGCAACAAUCGCCUGCUAAAGGAUCGUCGGGUGUAGGAAUGUCGACGGCACCGUUUGCCAACUCCUUUGCCGGUGCGAAUCCAGCAGGUUCCGCGCAACAGCCGAAGAUAUCCACGUUUAUUCCUCCGAUCGCAACGAGUGGUCCGGGACCAACGAUCGCAGAACCGUCGGCUCAUCCACCGCUGCCACCCAUCAGUGCUCCGAUUACGGCAAAUCCUCAUGCCGCGCCCGGUAGUGGCCGAUCGAUCACGCCGAUUGGCCAGCAACCUCAGCACCACCAUCACCACCAGCACCAAUCGUCAUCAGCAUCUUCGACGGCCACCGGACCGAUCGGUAGUCGCAGUGUAACGACUCCAUCGCCACUACUGCACCAACCACAAGCCGGUGGUGUCCAGCUUGGAUCGCCACCUUCGUCACUGAACGCAGCUCCCGGUGGACAGCUGCAGUCGAAAGCGCCGGGUGGAAGUGGCAACCUACCGCAGCAGCAGCAACAGUCUCAUCCUGCACCACAGCAAACGAACGAAUAUUCGCUGUUCAACGAUCCGUUCAGCCAGUGGGGGACGGGUCCAUCGGCGGCUGGCGGUGGUUCUUCCGCCGCCAGCGGUGGCUCCGCUGACACGGAGGUGGGCAAAUCGGUAAUGUACGGGGCUGCGGGACACCAUCAGCAGCAACAGCAUCAUCAACAGCUUCACCACCAGCACCACCACCAGCAUCAUCCGCAUCUUCCGCCGCACCAUCCACACUCCGCGGUCGGUGGAAGUGGCGGGACCGGCGGUGGUCCUUCGUUCAUGGAGAAUCCUCCAACACUACAGGUCGACGCAUCGAAAGCGCCAGGAUAUCGCGGAAACUCGAUUUCAUCCCCAGGCAGCUCGAAAGCAUCGAGCACAGCGACAUCACCUCCAUCGUCAGUCCUGUCUUCGCAUCAGCAGCAGCAGCAGCAGCACCAUCAGUCCCUGGCACACCAGGCCAUGCAGCCACACGGAACUGGUGGCCAUCCGUCGAUGCACCACCCAUCACAACAGCAUCCUCAUCAACAGCAGCAGCAGCACCAUCACCACCAGCAACAGUCCCUGCUGGCGGCAGCGGCCUCGUUGCACAUGCUAAACACUACCAGUGGCAGCACCGGAGGAAGCGGAUCAUCGCUCAAUUCCGGUCUCGGACACGUUCCCGUUUCCGGUGUGCCUCCAAUGUCUAGCGCUGGACCGCCUGUGGCCGUAUCAUCACAGUCGAUGGUAACCGCAACUGCCGCUGGUCAGCAACAACCGUUGCCACCAUCUUCUUCAUCUUCGGCCGUAAUGCCCUCCGCGAUCGGUACACAGCCGUACCCAUCGCCGAACGACGCGGUGGUCGGUGCGUGCAUGAUCAAGCCAACGCCGCUCCCCUCGAUGCUGGUAGGCAGCGCCACGGCCAACGGUGCCAAUAACGUCGUCGGUCAGGCCGCGCUACAGCGCUCGAUGAUGUCUCUUUCCUCGCAGAUGCGCCCACCGCCACCGGAUUAUCUCGGUGGUGGCGGUGGCGGCGGCGUCGGACGCGACCAUUCCGGUGGCAUGCCGCAACAGCAAGCACCGGUCGGUAGCUCUCGUCCUCCACCACCGUUGAUGUUCGAUACGGUCGUUAACCACCUUGGCGGCGGCGCGGGUGGUGGCCUGCCGGGAAGCGAUGGGUUGCAGUCGUCAUCCUACCAAACGCACCAUCUCGGGCUCGGUGGCGCCGGCGGCACAGUCGGCAGUCUUCCACCGAUUUCGCGCCUCAACCCGAAAGCAUCGGCCUUCUCGGGUGUACCAUCAGUCAUCCAGCCGCCACUCGCAGCCCAUGGCCAUCAGGCUGGUAAAAUGAACCAAUCGAACCAGCAACAUCAACAUCAGCAGCCAUACGGCGGCGGUACGGGUGGUGGCGGUGGUGGUGGCAUGUUCCACGCACCUCCUCCGAUCGGUAUGGGUGGCAAGUAUCCGUCGAUGUCAUCCUACAGUCUUGCGCCGGGGCGUCCCAACAACCAGCACCAACAGCAGCACGGACCGCCACCACCACCGGGAAGCAACCAUCGGGGUGGCGCUGGUGUUGGUUCCGGGAUUGGUGGUGGUGUUGGUGCCUCGAACAAUUGGUUCGCGUCGGAGCUCGGUCAUCAGCUGCAGCAGCAGCAACAGCAGCAGCAGCAGCGAUCCGACAGUCUGAUGGGCAUGGAGAACGGGCUUGCGAUGGCGCUCGGUAACUCACCGACAAUCUCACCGAACAACAACACACAGCAGACGGCGGCCAAUGGCGGUGUUUCGCUGGCACAGCAACAGUCCACGAUGGACGAUGCUCGCAAGCUGCCCCGCGCCAUCGGUACGGAGCGUGCCUGGAAGUAUGGCGGAAACGGUAGCGUCGGUAUCGGUGGUACGGGUGGCGGCGGCAGUGCCAACGCCCCUCCCGGGGUCGGCGGAAUCAUGUACAACCCGACCGGAAUGGGCGGAUACGCGGCAUUGGAUGGGUCGGACCUGAUGAAUGGUGGGGCGGCCGCUAUCGCUGCCGCAGCAGCGGCGGCCGCUUCCCAGCAAUCGUGGAUGCUGGACAAGAGCCAGCUGAUGGGUGGCGGAGGAGGCGGUGGCGGUGUCGGUGGAUCGCAGCAACAGCAAAUGGCCUGGAUCAACCCGGGGGCUGGAGCGGGCGGUCCGUUGCCGGGCGCGAUCAAUCGGCAGUACAUGGACGAGAUGCACCUAGCGGACCACUUCCAGCAACUGCAAAUGGACUACCACGGUAACAUCGGUGGUGGUGCCGGCGGCGGGGCCACCGGUCCAACGCAACCGAACAUGAAUUUUAUGCAGUAUCCAUUCACACCAUCCAACGAUAUGGUGGGAGCGGGUGAGUUGCGACCGCCAUGGGAGCAUGAAAAGCAUGGUUGGUCACAGAAGUGGACUGGUCACUAGAGAGAAGCUAGUUCCGGGGGGGUGGUCGUGCAGUGCAGUCGACGAAAACAGCAGCAGCAGCAGCACACCGGCGGAUGACGGACGAUAAAAGGCAGAAAAUGAUGAAUGAAUAGGACAGGGACGGUAAGUUUGAGAUGGUUGGAAACAGUCACCCACCGCCUCGUCACCCAGUGUAAAACGAAAACGCCAUCGGUAUAGCGCAAGCGCGGCAAGCAUCAUCAUCCCCACAUCAAGCACACACACGAUCACGACGAACGACAAACUUCCCAGCUUCGAAUCUCCAGCACGACUCGUCUCGUCAGAUCCGACAGGAUGGCGCACGCGCGCGUGGUAGCCUCUAACGCAUAUGUAUACAAAAGCCUCGGUAGUAUGUAACAGGAUGUCGCUGUAGGCACGUAAAUUUGACCCAUGCUACGUUUUUAGAGUUCUCGGUUACCACCUCGGAACAAAAAAGGAGCUCCACUUUCCAAGCAAACACUUCUCUUCUUCGAACGACGGAGAUCCGUAAACAAUCCGAGUGAAAGGGCAGAAGGGGCGCACACAACAUACACAUAAUUUGUGCACGUCUUGUUUUUUUUUGGGUUAAGGAAACGAACGUGAAUAUUGAAUAUACACCAUUCGCUAUGGUAAAAUAUUAUCCUUUAUGCUAUAUUCCUUUUUUCGCGAUCCCGCCGAUGCCUUACGCGCACCGGUCUCAAAUGAAGUGAUGGCACCGAAAUGCACCGAACUUUCUUCUGCGCCGCGCCUUCUCGAGGGAAUCGAGCACCCAAAGCGCGUUCCAAAAUCUGUCCACUUUGUCUUGUAAUGCCUACCGUUGGCUUUCGAAUUGUUUUAAGGGGCCGCCGGAACAGGCUGUCGAUUGCGAGUCUCAACGUCCGUUUUUAACUUCCGGAAAAGCCGUACUACCGUAGCCGUAGCCUACUAUCGUUGAUAGUCUGUGGGAAGAAUGGAGAGGUUUUAAUCGAGAAGUUUGCCAACUUGCUGCUAAUGGCAACCACUGCUAGUAGUGCCACUGCUCUACCAACACCACCCAACACUACGUAAAGAAUACUCCCUCUUGCAAGCUUCGGCUCUCAGACAACACACUCUCAAACCUGAUCGUGACACACACACACAUACACAUUACAGCAAUAUAAUUAACACACUAUCCUGCUUAAUAAUAUUUACUAUUGCCUGCUACGAAGCGCAACUACUUAAAAUUUACGGUAUAGAGCGUGCUGUGACGUGUACGUGACACUCUGUGGCGCCUAGUGAACGUCUUUGGGAUGCCAGAGCCGCCAGAGUUCACAACACUUGAACACUUGGCCCGCCCGGGACUCAUUCUUGCUCCAUCCGCGCCACGCACAUUGUUUAGACGAACAUGAUCCAAGUUGUGUUGCGCCAAAAGAACACGCACGCCCCUUGCUCGGCACCGACCAUCUAUCGAAGGGGGACGGAAGUGUGUCAGGAGAGCAUAUAACCAGAACCAGGUGGUGUCGCGAACACGUUUAGAACUGGGGGAGUUGGACAACAAAAAUCACACACGCUUUAGUAAUAAAUACUCCUAAACCAAAAUUUACCGACACAACUAAAAACAAAACACACACAAAAUAAUAAAGAUAAUCUUCACGCGUCUCUCGCGGGUGAAACGGGGGUCAGCUCUAGAUAAGUCGGUUUUAUGAGUCAUACAGCGAAUCCAACGGCGAAUCCUAGUAGAGAUCCCUACACUUCCACGGCAGGUGUGGAGUUUUCUCUUAGCAUUGUUCAACAUUAACACUUGUGUCUACACUACGACGCACGGAGCGAUUUCUGGACCGCACACUAAUCGAAUCUGCAACCACAACAAAAAAAUCAAACGCCAACGACUACCAAGAAAAGGUCACUGAGGGGGAGGGUACUAGACGGACGGAAAACCAAGGUUUUGCUGUAAAAAGAAGGAAAGGAACAUUACACUACUAAUUCCAGAUGAAUUCGGUUAAGUUUCGCAUAACUAUUGUUAACCGCUGCGCUGCGCUGUAAUGUAAUGCUAACAUGGGGAUUUGCAAAGCACAUCCAGGAGGAAAGCUUCUCGAUGGUGGUAGCUUCCGAGAAGGGUAGUCGUUUACUACAUUUCUUAUUAUCUCAUACAUUUGUCCUAACCAUCCACGAGCGCGCCGACGCCCCACGUGUAGUAAUGACCGGAAGUGAUAGAUACUGCCCCGUUAGACACUGAAGAUCGAUCGUACUAGACGAUUGAACGCUUUUUAGCCUGCGUGGUGAGCUCCCCAGUGUACCGAUUUCCACCAGAUUGCGGUGCGUCCUCUUUCGAUUGGGCCUCGGAAGAUGCGCGCAUGGUUGUUGGCGGAAUUGGACUCUCUGGACGGUCUCACGCUUGCUUGCGAAAAACACAGCACACGAUUUAAAAGUGUAUGAAAAUAGAAUGAUGAAGUAGAGUUUGUUAGGUAGCGCUCUCUUCCGCGAUCGCACACCAGAUCAUCCAGUCGCUUCAGGAGUCUGCAAAGUAUAAACGAGGGUUUUCGAUGAGAAGAGGAGAGAAGCGUGUAUUCUCUGAUGCUACCGCGCUACUAAACAUUAGGUUUUGGUGACUGUAGAUGACGAUAGUAGAUCGAUAGUGGUGUUCCCAGCAUUAAACGGUGGUAGAGACAGAGGAAGAACUAAACGCAAAACAGUCAAACUGCUGCUACUAAACGACGCGCGAAGCAUCUUUCCGCAACGCAAACCUACACCUUCGGCUGCUGCUUGCUGAAACGAAGAAAGUUGAUAAGAGAUACGCUGCGCGCUGAGUAUCACCAAGACGUGGCGGUAGAAGAACGAACACUGUAGUGAGUAGUGUGCUGAUGAUCAUUUAUCACAAUAUAUUGGAAAAAGGUGAACAGAGGGUGAAAACAUAAGAAAAAAACCUACAUGAAUACUGAUGAAAAUACGAUCGUAAUAAAAACAAAGUAAUAUGGUGAACGAUAACCUAUAACACACAUGGCGUCAUGAUCGUUGUGUUGCUGCGCAUUAGUUCUACUUAAGCCGUGCUGCGGCUUGCGGGGAGGGCGACGGAAAAUAUGCUGCAUAAAGGACGUGGUGGUGUGGUUUAACACGGGGAAAACGAAAAAAACACCGUGAUCGCGGUUAACGAAAACUACUGAUGAACGCAAACGAGGCACGAGGAGCGGGACACUUACAGAGAAACACAUGAUUACUGACGGAUUAUUGAUUAAAUAAUGAGUACUAUUAUAUAUUAUUCUAUAAAUUAUAUAUUAUAUUUGGAACUACCCAAUAUGAAAACUGAAAACGGAAAAUUAUAAGUAAUGAAGCAGGUAAAAA